GCCAAUCCCGCUACUGGCCCACCCCCUAGCCCUGAAGGGGCACUUCCGCUUGGCUCAGCGCGGCCCGGCCUGGCUUGCCGGAAGUGUGAUGUGGCCGAGAGUGGGUCGCCAUGUCUGCCAUCUUCAACUUUCAGAGUCUACUGACAGUCAUCUUGCUGCUUAUAUGCACAUGUGCCUAUAUCAGAUCCUUGGCUCCCAGCGUACUGGACAAAAAUAAAACCGGACUAUUGGGAAUAUUCUGGAAAUGCGCCAGGAUUGGUGAACGGAAGAGCCCAUACGUGGCUGUCAGCUGUGUCGUGAUGGCCUUCACCAUUCUGUUUGUGCAGUAGCAACAAGACUGGCGAGUGUACAAACAUGAGAGCAUGGAAGAAGUUCUGAUAGGGAAAGAUGGGAAAGCAUCAUCAAGUCUCCUCUCACACUGGAUAGCACAUUGAAUAGGCUGCCUCAUAAUGGAUGCUCCCCUGCCUGCUAACACACUGUCAUCUACAGUAGUAAUGAUCAUAAUGCAACUAGCUCCAGAUGACACAUGCUCAUUAAUGUCAAGACAGUACUGGCACUCCUGAUGUAAUUCUUGAAAGGGUGUCUGAUGUAUAUUUGAGUUCUAUUGAAAUUUAUAAUUUUUUUUUGGUUGUUGGUUUGGUUUGUUUUUUUUUAAAUAGACCUAUUUAAUGAAACUUCAAACUGAUAAUGUAGCAAAGCAAUAAGACCACUCAUGCAAGAAUAAGGAUCAUUGUGACUUUAGGGUAUGUUUCAUGACUGUAUUUUAGUUUUUACUGUCUGAAUAGUUCCUGACAUUUUGUGGUAACUGUAGUCACAUAUUAAGAAUGGGAUCUGUGGCCUAAGCUUUCAUUUCAGCUUUCAUUUUUUAAACUUGUAAUUCCUCAAAUUAUCUAUCAAUAUUUUUAUUUUAAGACAAGAUAUGAAUAAAGGUAGGGACCAGGAUUGUAGUGAUACCUGACUAGCUGCUGAGAAGGCACAGACAUGGGUUUUGACAGCUUGGACUGCUCUGUAUAAAAUAUCAUUUGUAUUCAAUUUUGGAGAUCUAGGUCUCUGGCAAAUCUUGGGUAGAUUGGUUUGAGUUGGAAGGGACCUUAAAGCUCAUCCAGUUCCACCCCAGGAGGCAGGGACACCUUCCACUGGACUAUACUGGUCAAAGCCAGGCCUUGAAGAUUCCCCAGCUUUCUUCAGUAUUAUGAGAAGAGAUUUCUAAACACUCUGUUACAUGUUAUGUAGGGUUGCUAAAUCAGCUAAGUGAACAGGUAGCUUCUUAGAGCGUCUAUGGAUAAGGAAGUCAUGUGUCCCAGUAUUGGAAAGGUGAGAGAAAACAACUAAAUGAGAUUACAUUCAUUGUUAAUUAAGAUUAAAUUAACUUUAGUAAUACUUUCCAUUACCAUUCACUCUAUAAUUUGGCAAACUUUUAAUAGUCUGGCAACUUAUUUUAAUAAUGCUUGACAGUGUGUUUACUCCAGGCAAAAAUAUGUCUUCUUACUGACUGUGUUUGAGGGAGUUGUUUGUCAACAGUAGCUUUUUGUUGCUCAAAAAACUUGUAUGAUCAGAAUGAACUAAGCUGACAAUAAAACACACUGACAGGCAUGUAA